AUGACUCUUCGUCUAGAUCUACAAGCAAAUCUUUGGCGUAUCACGAUCGAGAACCCGUCCUUUAACCAUACCCCGUCGCCAGCGUCAACUCAUCCUAUUCAACGUGCUCUCGAACUAAAACAUAAGAAAUAUAAGGUCGAUAGUGCCCUCCACCUCGGCCGCUCAACCUAUCAGAUCCUCGUUGAACUCCGUGAUGCUGAUCCAGGAACUGCGCUUAUCUCCCGCGACAUCUACAACACCAGGUUCAAAUUGAAUCAAUUGUUUCUCGCAGGUCGUACGCCUAUCCAGGCGUUAUUGAUGGAGCUACCUAAGGAUGGCUUAUAG